AUGUACCAUCCAUUGAUAGCGCAGGCUGCGCUCGCGGUGUCUUUUCUCGCAGCAGCGAGUGGGCCUCGGAACCUUGUCCUCAGCAACGACGACGGGUGGGCGACCGCGCAGAUACGCGCGCAGUUUGACGCGUUGGUGGAUGCGGGGUACGAGGUCAUUCUGUCCGCACCGGCAGUGAACCAGUCGGGCAAGGGCUCGCGGUCGAAGACGCCGACCACCCUCGACGAGCCAUGUGAAUUUGAUACGUGCCCGGUAGGGUCGCCCGCAGAGGGCUUCAACGCGAGCAACCCGCGGUUGAACUAUGUGAAUGGCUACCCGGCCGACGCGGCAAGGUACGGAAUCCAAACGCUUUCGAGGCAGCUCUUCGACGGGUCUGGUCCGGAUUUCCUAGUCAGUGGGCCGAACAUCGGACUCAACGUCGGCAUCUCUACGCAAUUUUCAGGAACUGUCGGUGCCGCUGCCGAAGCCUCCAAGCUCGGUAUUCCCGCCAUCGCCUUCUCCGGCGCGUCCGGGUCACAAGUCUCCUACACCACGCUCAGCACCUCACCCGACGCGCCUUCCACGCUCGCCGCGCACACGUACGCUGCGCUCACUGUGCGCUUCCUCUCUACCCUCUUCAACAGUACCGCCUCGCCGUUCCUCCCGCCCGGCGUCAUCCUGAACGUGAACUACCCCUCUUCAGAGCGCUGCCCCGACCCUGCAAGCUACCGCUGGGUGCUCGCACGUAACCUGUGGAACCCAUUCGCGACGGACGUGCAGGUGUGCGAGGGGAGCGCGAGGCUGCCCCAUGAGGCGGAGGUGGUGAGGAGUGAGGAUGGGUGUUUUGCGAGCGUGGCGGUGAUCAGCGCAGAGACGAAGACGGAUGUGGGGCGGGCGACGCAGGCGGCGGUUGUCGAGAGUUUACGGGGGCUGCCAUUGAGCUGUAUGGAUUAA